AUGGUGAUCGAAAAUGCAACACCAGUGGUUCAAUCGUCUGCAUCAGCUCCUGCAGCAGAAACACUUGAGAUGAUAGAAUCAAAGAGAAAUCAUUCUCUUCAUCUUCAUCCUUCGGAUACUCCUGGAUCUGUAUUGACUACAGUUCAACUUACUGGUUCAGAAAACUACUCCGUGUGGAGUAGAUCGAUGAUUAUAAACCUCCGGGAUAAGAGUAAGCUUGGUUUUGUACUUGGAACCUUCAGAAAGAGUGAUUAUACACCUGAGUUGGAAGAACAUUUCGAAAGAGUUAUUAAGUGGAAUAAGGAACGAUUUGAUAAGGUAGAUGGUUCUAGGGUUUACCAGCUUCACAGGGACAUAUGCACAAUUCAUCAAGGUAACCUAACUGUUUCAGCUUAUUUUACCAAGUUAAGGUUGCUUUGGGAUGAAUUUGAUGCACUUGUUCCACCUCCUUCAUGUAAUUGUGAUAGAUCUAGAAUAUAUGUGGAUCACAUGCAUUAUCUGCGAUUGUUUGCAUUUCUAAUGCGGUUAAGUGAGAUCUAUGGCCCUGCACGAAGUCAGAUAUUAAUGAUGAAUCCUUUGCCAACAGUUGGCAAAGCAUAUGCCAUGAUAAUUUCAGACGAAAAUCAAAGAAUCACCUCUGGUUUACGCUAUGGAGGAGAUGUAAUUGAGGCCACAACAUUAUAUGCAAACAGAGGUGGUUAUGAUUAUAGAAACACAGGUCGUGGUGAUGGAGACAAAGGUGGAUAUAAUGGAGGUGGUUAUGGUUAUAGAAACACAAGUCAUGGUGAUGGAGAUAAAGGUUAUAACAGUAAGAAGAAAGUAAAUUGGAACCUAUUUUGUGAACACUGCAAGUUGCAUGGACACACCAAAAAUAUUUGUUAUAGGUUGGUAGUAUAUCCUGAAGACUGGAAAUUCAAAAAGAAAUUAGAUACUGGAAUGCCUAUAAACAAAGGAAAGGGCAUAGUAAAUAAUGUACAAGUUGAUAGAAAUGGUGAGGGAGAUGUUUGUGGAGUAAUCAAUGAAACAGAUAAAACUGAACAAGGAUCACAUGAUCUCAAUUCUGUUCGAACAAACUUACAAGCACUGGCAAUGAAAUCGACAUACACUCCUGACCAAUAUCAAAAGAUAAUGAAGCUAUUGAAUGAAGAAAAGCAGGCUGAGGACAUGGUCAACAUGGCAGGUAUUUCCAAUAAUUAUGAUAUUUUACUAGAAUGUGAUAGAAGAAGAAGUUGUGAUGAUGCUAUGAAUGCGAGUAAUGAACAUAAUAUGUUUAGCAAGAAAGGUCAUUGGAUAGUGGAUUCAGGAGCUACAUGUCACAUGACAUCUAGAUCUCAGAAUUUAGAUAAGAUUAGCAUAAACAACAAGAACACAGGGAGAAAGGUUUAUCUGCCUAAUAGUCAAACUACAUUAGUUACACAAUCAGGAACAUGUAUGAUAUCAACUAAUGAAGACCUCUUCAAUGGAGAGGUGAAGAGGAUUGGUAAAGAAAAUGAAGGGUUGUAUUACUUUCCUAGAAAUCUGUCAGAAGAAAAGGCAGUUGCUGCAAAUGUUGGUUAUAGAAGUUCCAUGAACAAGGCAAAUUCACAGUUUAUGAUAUGGCAUUACAGAAUGGGAUCUCCUUCAUAUAGAGUCUUAAAGCAAUUGUAUCAAAGUGAUACUGUAGUUAAAACUCAAUUUAACAAGCAAAUCAAAAGAGUAAGAUCAGACAAUGGUACAGAGUUCUUUAACAAUGAAUGUAAAGCAUUGUUUACAUCUUUGGGAAUUGUUCAUGAGAGUGGUUGCCCACACACUCCACAACAAAAUGGAGUGGUGGAAAGAAAGCAUAGACACAUUCUUGAAGUUGCAAGGGCUCUUAGAUUUCAAGGGUCCAUUCCUAUUAAAUUUUGGAGUGAAUGUGUAUUAGCUGUUGUAUAUUUGAUCAAUAGAAUGCCCACAAGUGUACUACAGGGAAGGUCACCAUAUGAGGAUUUCACAAGACUAAACCACAAUUAG